GGAACGAGGGUGAGAAUGAGAGGGGAGGUAAGGAGGGAGCGGAAGGGAGGAGGGGAGGAGGGAGGAAGGGAAGGGGCGAGGCUUGGACCGGUUCCCUCGUCGCAGUCCAGCCGCCGGGGAGAGCGGACGGUCGAAGCCGAACAAACUGUGUCCCGGAGCGGCGCGCAGACCCCGAGGGGGGUGAAAGGGGGAAGACUGGAGAUUCUGCCGGCGGCGGCGCCGGUGGAGAUGUGGCUCAUCCUGUGCCUGCUCCUGGCCCCUCCGGGCUCCGGGUCCACCGUUCUGACCGGAAUCCGGGGCCACUUCCACUCGCCGGGAUACCCGCAGGGGUACCCCGGUGACGUAAACCUGACGUGGGAGAUCCGGCUACCCCCGGGGUACGGGGUCGAGCUGCGCGUCACGCACGUCAACAUCGAGCCGUCGCGGGACUGCGCCGACGAUCAUCUGCAGGUCCUGUCGCAGGACGAGAUCCCGGGCCCCGUCUGCGGCUCCGGCAACCUCUCGCUCCCCCUCUUCUUCCGAACGUCCGGUCCUCGGAUGGUCGUCUCCUUCACCUCGAAGCUCUCCAACGCCCGGCGGCGCACCGGGUUCCUGGCCUACUACAGCGCCGUGGAUAUCGACGAGUGCGCGGAAGGCAGGCCCUGCGGCCAGUUCUGCGUUAACUACAUCGGGGGCUUCCUUUGUACCUGCGGCUUCGGGUACCGGUUGCUGGAGGACGGCGUGAGCUGCGGGGUCGUGGACUGUGGGGCUCCCCGGCGCCUCAGGAACGGAGUGACGAAUUUUACCUCCACUCUCCUGCAAAGCCGCGUCAAGUACAGCUGUGAGGAGCCCUAUUACGCCCUGGAGGGCGCCGAGGAGUUUGAAUGCUCGGACAGCGCAGAAUGGGUCGCCGUUGAAAGCGGGGAGGCAACGAUGCCGAAAUGCAUGCCAGUCUGCGGGGCCUGCCACGUCCUCUCGGGCACGGGCCGCAUCUUCGGCGGCUCCCUCGCACGGCCGGGCCAGAUCCCGUGGCAGGUCCGCCUGCGGCUGCCCUCCAUGGCGGGCGGCGGGGCGCUGCUGAGCGACGGGUGGGUGCUGACCGCCGCCCACGUCGUCGAGACGGCGCUCCGGCCCCUGAUCAUCGCCGGGGUCACCAACCUUAGGACCGCGGGGCGGGAGGAGCGGCAGGAGCUGGAGGCCGAGAAGGUAUUUCUCCACCCGGGCUACCGCAAGCAGGUCCUGGGAUACCCGAACUACGACAACGACGUGGCCCUGGUGAAGCUGAAGAGGAGGGCGAAGUUGGGCCCCACCGUGGCCCCGCUCUGCCUGCCCGGGCCUGGGGAGAUCGAGGUACCCUCGGUCGGGACCCUGGGUCUGAUCGCGGGCUGGGGCAGGACGGAGAAUAAUUCCCGGCGCUCCUACGACCUCCUCUCGGCCCGGAUCCCGGUGGUGGACAUGGACCUCUGCCGGCGGGGCGACUACGCAGGCCAGUCCCCCGUCUUCACGGAGAACAUGGUGUGCGCCGGACUGCCCGGCACCGACUCCUGCCAGGGCGACGGCGGCGGGGCCUACGUCUUCCUGGGCUCCGGCGGCCGGUGCGUGGCCCGCGGGAUCGUCUCCUUCGGGCCCCUGCAGUGCGGGAGCUACAGCGCGUACACUCAGCUGGGGAAGUACGCGGACUGGCUGCAGGACGUGAUGGCGGAGAACGGGCAGUGGGAGGACGACGAGUAGGGCGAAGAAACGACUCCUCACCGUCCUCUCUCAAUAAAAUGAAAGCGAACCAUCCACAGAGUCGAUUUAAACUUAAUAAUCUUU